AUGGUUGCUGUCCGGCGUAACGGCGCGAUGGUGGAGACCCCAGACGAGAUUUUUUAUUCUUGGAUGUUCGUUAGCUUCAGCAACAGCUACUACAAGAUAAAAUUUGAGAAAGGAUACAAUAUUGAAAGUAUCUUUGAAGAAAACAAAUUGGGAGUUGAGCCAUACUCUGUGGAGGUUUCGCUGGCCGUAGAGGUCUUCAUUUUGGAUUCUGAAAACAACAACAUUUACAAAAUCACAACACCACACUCUGUGUUGUUUGCCAUUGCAAAUAGCCGGCCUAUGUUGGCCGUUGGAUCACCUGAAGGGUGCUCUGGGCAUGUGGAUGGGAAGCUGAGAGAGGCAAGGAUGAACCACCCAAAAGGGCUAGCUAUGGAUGACAGUGGAAACAUGUAUGUUAUAGAUGCCAUGCCGAGGGAAGACGAUGCAACAUUUCCGGCGUGGACAUACUAA